AAAGGAAACAACCCUGAAAUCACAUGACCUGCUGAUCCAUCAGAUCAUGUGACUAGUCUCGCAGCUGCAGCGUGAUUUCACACAGUUGCCCAGUGCGGACGAACUGUUGCUACGUGGUUUCUCUACCUAGCCUACUCGGCCACGGAAAAGGCAAGGAUGCUGAAGGAGACCGUCUGUCUCCUCGCUCUGCUAGCGCUCGUGGAGCCGGUUCGGUCCAGGGGAUGCUCCAGCUUCUUCUGCCGAAAGUCCCACCGCGUGAGCAGCGGCAGCGGCGGGCCGGACCCCGGGAAACCCCUGUUCCUGACGCCCUAUCUCGAGGACGGGCGGAUAGAGGAAGCCAGGAAGUUGAGUCUGGUGGGCCCUCUACCUGGAGCCAAUGUGAAGAGCUACUCGGGGUACCUGACCGUCAACAAGGCCUACAACAGCAACCUCUUCUUCUGGUUCUUCCCUGCACAGGAGAGGCCUGAGUCGGCGCCCGUGUUGUUGUGGCUGCAGGGGGGACCUGGUGGCACCUCCAUGUUUGGGCUGUUUGUGGAGCACGGCCCUUACGUGGUGUACCCCAACAUAACCGUGGGCCUGAGAGAUUACCCAUGGACCGCUCACUACUCAGUGCUGUACAUCGAUAACCCGGUUGGCACAGGGUUCAGCUUCACAGAUGAUGACAAAGGCUUUGCCCAGAAUCAGGAUGACGUUGGGAGGGACCUGUACAGUGCAUUGAUUCAGUUCUUCCAGAUCUUCAAAGAGUAUCAGGCAAACGACUUCUACGCCACAGGAGAGUCCUAUGCAGGGAAGUAUGUGCCAGCCAUUGGAUACUACAUCCAUAAGAACAACCCCUCAGCCGAAGUCAAGAUCAACUUCAGAGGCGUCGCCAUCGGCGAUGGACUGUGUGACCCAGAGCUGAUGCUGGGGGGUUAUGGGGACUUCCUGUAUCAGACGGGGAUGAUUGAUGAGCAGCAAAGGGAGUACGUGCAAAGCCAGACAGACAGAGGAGUGGACCUUAUACAGACGCAGCAAUGGGUGGAGGCCUUUGAGGUGUUUGACAGCUUGCUGAAUGGGGACAUCCUGCCCUACCCGUCUUUCUUCCAGAAUGCCACUGGCUGCACCAACUACUAUAACUACCUGCAGUGCCAGGAGCCAGCAGAUCAGGAGUACUUUGCAAGUUUUGUGACGUUGCCGUUGGUGCGGAGCAGCAUCCAUGUUGGGAACCUGACAUUCCACGAUGGUUCUGAGGUGGAGAAACACCUGCUACAGGACGUCAUGAAGAGCAUCAAACCCUGGCUCGGGGUCCUCAUGGACAACUACAGGGUGUUGAUCUACAGUGGUCAGCUGGACGUGAUCGUGGCCGCCCCUCUGACUCAGCGGUUCUUGCCCACCGUCAACUGGACCGGAGUGGACGAGUACAAAAAGGCUGAACGGUUCCCGUGGCGACUGCAGCCUGGUGACCCUGAGGUGGCCGGAUACGUGCGGCAGGUCGGAGAGUUCUUCCAGGUGAUCGUGCGGGGGGGCGGGCACAUACUUCCCUACGACCAACCCCAGAGGUCCUUUGACAUGAUGGACAGAUUCCUCUCCACUAAGGGCUUCUCUGCUAACUGAUGCGAAGAGGAGGGGCAGAGUCCAGGUGCCUUAAGCCUCCUCCCACCCCCACCUGAGUCUCUAGAGGAAGCCACCGGCGCUGAUUUAACUAAUGAACUUGUAAU